AUGCUCGCUCUUUUUCUUUUUUUUUCAAGUUUCUUUCUUCUUUAUUCUCUUUCUCUCCCUAACAAAAUUAUUAAAUCAUAUGCACUAGUUACUGCUCUUGAGAAUUCUCUGAAUUUCUUGAACUGGGUAUAUGUUUCUUUGAAUGGAAGGCAGUGUUUUUAUGUUCACAUUUCUUCUAAUUUUCUCUCUCUCGGUUGGGUUUUCAUUUUUUUCUCUACAUGCAAAUGAAGUGAUUUAACAUGUAGAUUUAUUGUAGCUAUUUGGAUGUAGGCGUGUAUAAAUUGUAGAUUCCUUGUGAGUUUGAGGUUGAAAUAUGAAGAAAUGAAUCUGGCAGGCGAAGGAUCAAAAUCAAUGUUGAUGUCGAGCUCUGGCGUUUCCGACCAGUUUCCGGUGGGUCUUCGGGUACUACUUGUGGAUGAUGACCAAGCAUGGCUGAAGAGGUUGGAGAAGAUGCUCCAGAACUGCCUUUACAAUGUUACUAAAUGCGAUCGAGCAGAGGUGGCAUUGUUGCUGUUACGAGAGAACAAAAAUGGAUUUGAUAUUGUUAUAACCGAUGUAAACAUGCCUGGGAUGGAUGGGCUCGAACUCCUUGAGCACAUUGGGCUGGAGAUGGACCUACCUGUUAUAAUGAUUUCUGGCGAUGAUAGUAAGAAUGUUGUGAUGAGAGGCGUUACUUAUGGUGCAUGUGAUUAUCUGGUUAAGCCAAUUAGCAUAGAGGCAUUGAAGACCAUAUGGCAGCAUGUAGUUCGGAAGAAGCACGAGUUGAAGGAUUUUGAGCAAUUGAGAGGUAUAGAAGUUGGAGAAAGACAAAAAAGGCCUUCAGAGGAUGUAGAUGCAUCCUCAGCAAAUGAGGAGAGUUUGCAAGACUCAAAGAGGAAAGCGGAGGAAGAUGAAGAGGGGGAGAGGGACGAUAAAUCUACAUUAAAGAAGCCUCGAGUGGUUUGGUCAACCGAGCUCCAUAAUCAAUUUAUAGCAGCUGUAGAUCAGCUUGGCACUGAUAAGGCUGUUCCUAAGAAAAUUCUGCAGUUGAUGAAUGCUCCUGGUCUCACUAGAGAAAAUGUUGCCAGCCACCUUCAGAAGUAUCGGUUGCACCGUAGAAAGGAGGCAGCACGACAGAUUGAACUCAGAAACUCAUUCACGGGACCUUUGGAAGUAAUUGGGUCAAUAUCUUCACUCAAUGGGCUUGAUCUUCGUGCUCUGGCUGCCACUGGUGAACUUCAAUCAAAGAGUCUUGCUACCCUACUAGCAGGACCUCAAUGUAAGACCGUAAAUAAAGAUGGCACAUCCACUCCAAUUGCUAAUGAAAAGAAUCCUCUCACCUUUGAAACUCCCGAGUCAAGAUUUGGAGGGUUCCAGCACCCACAACUGAACAUCAACUAUAAGCAAAUUAGCUUACUCCAUGGCAUCCCAACUACAACGAACUCAAAGCAACUAGCCAAUUUGCACCAAUCUGCAAAGUACUUUGAGCAAAUCAAUGUGCAGGCCAAUCCCCAUGGAAUCCCAGGUAGCUCUGUGUUGUCACAAAACUCUCAACAACGGUCAACUUUACAGAUAGUACAUGACACUGAUGGCAAUCAUCUUUUGAGGAUUCCAUCAUCCAUUCCACGACCUACUUUGUCAAGUGAAAUGACCAGUGGUGGUUUGGCAAGAAAUGAAGUAGUUGAGAAUCCCAGACGGGCAUUUUACAGUUCAGUUUCUCAAGCCUCUUCAGUGGUAAAUUUCUCAAUAAACCGAAAUGCACACUUUCCAGGCAAUAGUUUCCCUCUAGGGAAUAAUUCAGAGAUGCCCAGUUUCACAUCUAAACAGGUGUUCCGAGAAGAGGGUAAUUCUGAAGUGCAAGCACCAACCGGAUUUCCCCCCCAUUAUGAUAUUUCCAGUGGGUUACAUCAUCAACAUAAAUCCCAAGACUGGGAGUCACCUAAUGUAGGUUUCACCUUUGAUGCAUCACAGCAAGAAAACAUGCAUGGCUACCUGGACAUCCCGUCUUCAGUUUUGUUCUACCAAGAGUUUUCUCCAUGCCAAAACAGUAUAUUGAAUACAAAUACAUCCAGUGGCAAGGUCAUAUUCUCAGCUAAAGAAACUGGAACUGGGAAUGCCCCUAACACCAGUCAACAACUCAGUCCACUUCUCACUGAUAAUUCACGAAGGGCUACGGCGGUAGAGCUGCCUGAUGCAAGCUAUCAAAACAUGGUAUCACCUGAACAGUUUAUUCAGGAUGACCUAAUCAGUGCACUGCUCAAGCAGCCUCAAGAGAGUAUUGGACUGGUAGCAUAUGACUUUGGCUUUGAAGGGCUUCCCUUGGAUAAUCUGUUGGAGUAGACAAUGCUUUCAACAUUUGAUGGGCAUCGCUUGGGUAAUCUUUUCGCUUCAACAGUAUUAUCGACCUUCUAUGUGUUGCUGUAAGUACUUAGGCAUCUCUUUUCUGCAACUGAACAGUGCAUUCAGUAUCCUGGCCUACUUGAGGAGAUCAGAUCUUAAUUUUAAUUACUUUGCUGCCUAGUAUUGAUGGAUGUAUAGCUUUCCAUGCCUUGUCAAAUUGGAGUCGUUGGAUGCCCAAGGAAGAUGUAGAAGCAUGGCAUGCAAAGUUUUGGCUGUUUUUGUCAGUGAAUUUAACGAAAACUAGAAUUUUCCUAUCACGAAUCAAUUCAUAUAAGUUUAUAUUUCCCAAUGGUGGUUCAGGAUGAGGAGGGUAUGAGAAAAUUGAAGGACUUGUAGGAGCAUUCUAUCUUUGGUAUUUUACCUAGGAGUACUAGAAUAUGAUGUACAGUUUAACUUGAUUGCUCUAGACAAGUUUUUUUGUUCAGUGAAUUUAAAUUUUAAUUAACUUUUCAUUUAUGGGUUGAGUUCUUUAAUUAUGUUGUAUAUAAGCUGUGUCUU